AUGGACCCCCCGGGCAUGCACCAGACUCUCUCUGCCACCCUGGAGAGACUCUUGCAGGGGCCUGGUGCUCCCAGGCUGAGCCAGCGCCACCUCUUCCCAGCCAAGCCCAUGAACACUGCCCACUGGAGAGAGGACGUGGGGGGGGCAGCUACGGCAGGUGGCGGGCUGCAGCAGUGGUGGGUGGGGAAGCGCCGAGACGCACAGCAGGAAGUGAGGUGGGGGCACACCCAGGCUGCUGGCUCCUGCCUGGAGGCUGCAAAAGAGCUGCCGUGCCCAGGCCGCACGGGGCCAGUAGAUGUGGAGAUGGGGCCUCAGAUGUCCUCAGCUCCUCCUGUCCUCUGGGUCGUAGCCGGCUUUGUGCUGCUCCUCGGGCUGUGGGUGCUGUGCGCGGCCUGCCACAGGAAGCGGGCACCGAGGCCGCAGGCAGGGCUGCAGGGCAUUGUGAUGCCAGCAGAUGGGUCACUGUUGAGACGGACCCACCUCUGUGCCCUCAGCAAAUCGGACACCAGGCUGCAUGAGCUGCACCAGGGCAUGCGAGGCAGCCGAGCCCCACGGCCUGCAAGCAUGGACCUCCUGCACCCACAUUGGCUGGAGGGGUACAGGGGCACCCCCAGGCCGCCUGCAGUGCCCCCAACCUUUCCACACCAAGAACUGCCCCGACCCCUGCCUGUCUUUGCUGCCUUGGCCUCCACUGGCCCCGAGGCUACAUAUUCCAAUGUGGGGCUGGCCGCACUCCCCAGAGUCAGCCUGGCAGCCAGCCCCGAAGUGUGGUCAGGGGCCCGACUGACCAGCGGCUGGGCCAGGCCCGGGGCAGGACCCACGGCAGCUGAGUAUGCCUGCAUCCAGAAGCUCAAGGGGACAGACAAGGGCCCCCAGGGGCAGCAGGGGAAGGCUGAGGUGACCUCAGCCACACAGGUGGACAUCCUGUACUCCAGGGUCAACAAGCCUAAAAGGAGGGACGCAGGGCCCACCAAAGAGUGGCCAGACUCUGAGGGCUCCGGAUCGUCUCUGGCCCCCCUGCAGAUGGGCCAGGGUGUGGACCACAACCCCCUGGAAAACGUGUAUGAAAGCAUCCAGGAGAUGUGCCCGAGCUCAUGAGCCGGCUGUUCGCAGGAGUGGACCAUGCAGGGCGCCAGGCCCCUCAGCCACAGGGAGGGCUUGGGGACUUGCUGUGUGGACAGUAGAGGACCGAAUCUGAAUAAAUUACCGUCUCUCGGAGAACGAACGCUGCACCUCAUAGCUGCGGUUCCUGAAAUCCUGGGGAGUCAAUGGAUUGCCUGGAAAGAUGAGGGGGCUACCCCCUCUAGCCUGGUGCGGGCUCCCUGCCACGGGGUCGGGGGAGUGGCCUGUCGCCUUAGGUCAUGCCCAGGCGGGCCAGGCUAGAAGGCGGAUGGAGACAGACAGGCGCUGACUCCACGAGUGUAGCGCGGGGCUGUCCGGAGGAGGUACUUGGACCCUGAACUCCCCAGGCGCACACUCUGCCACCAGCCUCGGUGUUGCAUAAGAGUUGUCGGGGUAGGGGGCGGGCGAGUAGUACGUGAGAGGAUCACCUACUCCCGGGUGAACCCACUCAGGAAACGCGGCCCGUCGCAGGCUCGGGGACUCCGCC